CAUUCAAGCGCAUCACAACAAAAACGAGAACGAUCGAGGGGAGGAGACUGUGACGUCGCGUUGACGCCACCGGAAGCAGUUUCCGCGCAGGAGUCAGCUAGCGAGAGCGCAACACGUCAAAGGAUGUCUGCCUAUCCCAAAUCCCACAACCCUUUCGCCGCCGAUGAUGAUGAAGAGGAGAACACAGGGCCGAGCAGAGGCUUUAACUUUGAUGAUGAUCCUGAGGAGAGUUCACUGAGCCCGGCGGAGAGGAGACAGAAGCAGCUGCAGAGAGAGGUGACGCACACAGCGCAGUCCGCCGUGGACAGCAGCUACCGCUCUCUCGCCCACAUCUACGAGUCUGAGAAAGUUGGAACCGAGACAGCAGAGGAACUGAUUCGUCAGGGUGAAGCUUUGAAUAGAACAGAGAGAAUGAUUGACAACAUGGAGCAGGACAUGCGGACGAGUCAGAGGCAUAUUAACAGCAUUAAGAGUGUGUGGGGCGGUGUGGUUAACUAUUUCAAAGCCAAACCUGAAGCCAGACCUCCACAAAAGGACGAGCCUGUGUCAUAUGAUGGCAGCAGCAGUUUGCAGAAUGCACUUUCAGAGAGCAGACGGCAUGAAGCCAAAUAUCAGGCCAGUCAUCCAAACCUCAGGAAAAUGGACACAUCUGAACGAAUGUUUGUUCAAACAGGAUUUGGAGCUUCUGCGUCUCUGGAUAAUGAGCCGUCCGAUCAGAACGGAUAUCCCAGGAACAAACAGCUGCGAACUGCCCAUCAACAACUAGACCAAAAUCUUGAUGAAAUGUCGUUGGGUCUGAGGAGGCUAAAGAGUCUGGGUCAGGGGUUACAGUCAGAGAUCGAUAACCAGGACGUUUCCUUGGACCGUUUGCUUAAUAAAGUCGACUCGAUGGACGGCAAAAUCAGCUCCACUGACCGGCAACUCAAAAACCUUAAAUAGACAUGAAGUGUGAUGUCAUUUCCUAAGGACGUGGCAAAGGUGCUGCCUGCAUUGAUCCAUACUGGAAACACCUGCUCAGUACUUUACAUACUGCCGGCGCUGGUUUGUUGUACUUUCCUAGAAAAGUUUGUGUGGUCAUGAACAUAUGAAGUGGCUGUAUGUGAAUGAAAAUAUUAAAAGAUGUGAUUUUUGCGAUGUUGAGAUUUGAAUCUUGCCUGUAUUUGAUCGUCGGUCCUCUUGAUAUCAACAUAAAAAACAUGAGGUUAAUCCAGAUGUGGAUGCCACUGUGCGCAGGGUCGAAAGAAGAUUGAGGACUAAAUAUAUUCAUAAGCAAAGAAGUCGAAGAAAUGCAUACCGUCAUUUUGUUCGCUGCAGUCCACCAGAUCAAUGUUUUUCAUCCACCUUUUAAUUAAAAAAAUUAUUUCGCCUCGUUUUGAAAUUAAAGUCCACUGCUUUUAUUAUUCCCUCUUGAAUGUAUUCCAUAAGCCGGUGAAUUUAUCUUUUGUCUGAUAUUUUUAUCAUAAUAGACCUUUAAGAUUUGCCAUGUGUUCAUACCAGUCUAUGUGAGUCACAAUGUGCGACAGAAACACGGUCUGCCUUAAUAUUCACUGUUUUUUUUCUUUUGUUAAAGCAUUUAUCAUUUUCAUUUCUUUAUAGCAUAGCAUUUCAAUACUGUUAAAGCAAACCUGUAAAAGCAAACAAUUUCUGUCUGCUGAAUGCGAUAUGUGACCAUGAAUAAAAUGUUUUCUG